GCCCAAAAUGAUACGGAGGUGGCGCUAUUGGUCUAAAAGCUCUAAGAAUAGCAAAUAGCGUUUGAAAUUCGUGGGGGUGAGAAGCAGAGAGGCGGUCGUUGCCUGGGCUCCUUCCUUUUUUGAAGGCCAGGGAACAGUCCGCAGAUCAAAUAUCAUUAUGCUUCUCCUCCAAGUCUCUUAUUCUUCCCAUUAGGGUUUUUGGAACUUCUCCUCUUUUUCCCGGAGCCAUGCCAACCUUUACAGCAAUUGCGUUAGAUAGGUUGUUGGAACCUGGGGCUUCAAAAACAGUCAUGAAGUCAGCUUCUGAUUUGAAGCCUGUUCCUGAUUCGAAGUUGGAAAGGAGAAAUAGCACGUCCACAGUGACUACAGAAAACAAACCCCUCUGGUCUCAGAUAUCCCCAGCCCUCUAUGCCACUCCAGAGGCCACCCCGCUUCCUGAUUCUCCAUCGUCAUUCCCUCCAUCGCCGUACAUCAUCAAUCACAAGAGGCGAGGGCCACGUCUUAUCAAGAGCUUCUCUCAGUAUGACGUUCCAUCCGGCCAAAAAAUUGCUGAUGGAGAAGGUGUCAAUGGAAAUGCAAAAGACAUAGAACCUGUGGUUGUUGAGUCAGCAAACAAUGGUCCUGUUACUUUCACUGUUGCUGAUCCUAUUGUGGAGGAGCCUGUGAAUGGCUUCCAUAAUGAGAAACCUGAAAGCAGUAAUUCAAAAAAUGUUUUUGCCACAGAAAAUGGUCCCUCUGUUGCAGUGAAUUCAGAAAGAGAUGGAGAUGGAGAUGGUGAUGGUGACGAUUUCUUUGAUCCUCAGGAAUCAAUGAGUUUUACAAGCAACACUGAAGGAGAGGAUUUUAAUGGUGCUGAACAUUCUUUGAAGCUUACUACUCCAAUGGGAGAGUUUUAUGAUGCUUGGGAAGAACUAUCUUCUGAGGGUGCACAACAACCUUCGCUUUGUGAGAUUGAAGAUGAAAUGCGUGAAAUAAGAUUGGGUUUAUUGAUGGAGAUUGAGAAGCGGAAACAAGCAGAAGAAGCACUGAAAAAUAUGCGAAACGUGUGGCAGACAAUUAGCCAACAGUUAUCUCUUGUGGGGUUGACACUCCCUGCUGAUCUUGCUGUUGUGGGUGAGGAUGGGCAACCGGAUGUUGAUAUUGCACAAGAAUUGAGCCAACAAGUUUCUAUUGCUCGUUUUGUAUCAGAUUCCAUUGGGAGGGGGAUUGCGAAAGCUCAGGUGGAGAUGGAGAUGGAAGCUCAAAUAGAUUCAAAGAACUUUGAGAUUGCUCGGUUAUGGGACCGAUUGCAUUAUUAUGAUGCUGUGAACCGGGAGAUGUCUCAGAGGAACCAAGAAGGUUUAGAGUUGGCACGACGAGAGCGGCAAAGAAGGAAGAGAAGGCAGAGAUGGGUUUGGGGUUCAAUUGCUGCUGUCAUUACAGUUGGAACUGCAGCCCUAGCAUGGUCUUAUCUCCCAACUGGACAAGGAUCAUCUGGCGAAGACCACUUUGAGGCUUCUGAACAUGAUCAUGAAACCAAGUAAUGAGUUUUCCUGGUUAACUGGUUACUAUGACGCAAUAUCAUAGGAGAUAGAGAGAAUAAAAGUCGCAUAAUGCCACCUUGUGAAUAACAAUCACUUUGUUUUGUCAGUUGCUUUUUCUGCUAAUAGAGGAUAUGUAGUCCCACCAAAAUACAUACUUCAGGGUGUGCCUUUCGCUGACAAACUGAUAGAGAGGGGUGAAACAAAAAUUGGAUGAGUCAGAAUCUGAAAAUCUUGUUCUCUAGAUUUUCCAAGACUUAACAAGUGUUGUGUUGGCUUAGGUUAGUCUCCAGGCCAUGGGGGAAAUUCUUUGGUUUUUUAUCCUGUUGUUUGGUUUACAGGCAUAUGAACUCCUCGAUUUGGUCGGUGUUUAUGAUCUUCUGUACCAUACAAACAGGCUACAGGUUCCAUUCAUUUUACCAUUUCUGUGGUACUGUUGAAACAUCUUCCUUUAAAAAAUUAAAUUAUAUUAAGUGCGGUAA